UUGAAGCAAUUCUCUGACGCAAUGGCUCGUACCAAGCAGACUGCUCGGAAAUCCACCGGAGGAAAGGCUCCCAGGAAGCAAUUGGCCACCAAGGCCGCUCGCAAGAGUGCGCCAGCAACUGGAGGAGUCAAGAAACCCCAUCGCUACAGGCCAGGAACCGUAGCUCUUCGUGAGAUCCGUCGUUACCAGAAGAGCACUGAGCUCCUCAUCCGUAAACUCCCAUUCCAACGACUUGUUCGUGAGAUCGCCCAGGACUUCAAGACUGACUUGAGGUUCCAGAGUUCUGCUGUGAUGGCUCUUCAAGAAGCCAGCGAGGCUUACCUCGUGGGUCUCNUGCUGUAAUGGCUCUUCAAGAAGCCAGAGGCUUACCUCGUGGGUCUCUUCGAAGACACCAACCUCUGCGCCAUCCACGCCAAGAGGGUGACCAUCAUGCCCAAGGACAUCCAGCUGGCUCGUCGUAUUCGUGGAGAGAGAGCUUAAGUUGUUUCAAUUUAAACUAAAAAUAAUCGGCCCUUUU